GUUUAUGUUCUUCUUCUUCCACUAAGCUCCUCCGCCUGCAAUUUUUCUGGUCCAAUGAUCCAACCCCAAUGGAAAAGUAGACUCUAACAACCCCACCACCUCCAUUUUUCAAAUACCCCACCAAAUACUUUGUUUGUUUCUUCAAUAUCCAUCUUCCUUGAUUAAGAAUUUUGCUUUUGGGAUUUAAAUUUUCAAUCUUUUUUGGUACAAAAAGUUUCAAGUAAUCAUAGUCUUACUUUUAUGGUAUUGGUAUCUCUAUUUUCCUGUUUCCAGAAACCCCAGAAGAAGAAACCUGUGUUCUACUAAUUCUUCUUCUUCUUCAUCUUAUGUAUUCAAGCUUUUCUUUUCUUGGGUUAUGUUUGUAUUACUGCUUCUUUGAUGGGUACUUAACCUUUAGAGUUCAACAUCUUCAUUAAUGGUACCCAAUUGGUUUGAAACUGUUUAUGCAUAUCAGGUUAAUGCGAAUUAACAUGUUUGAUUCAUAGGCGUCUAUGUCAAUCAUCUGUGGCUUUCCCAUCCUCGAAGGCGUGUAUUGUUUGGCUUGUGCGCGUUGGCUGUGGAAGAAAUGCCUCUACAGUGCAGGCAACGAAAGUGAACAUUGGGGUUUAGCCACAGCUGAGGAAUUUGAGCCUGUGCCCCGUCUUUGUCGCCUAAUUCUGUCUGUUUAUGAAGAUGAUCUUCACAAUCCUAUUUGGGCACCCCCUGGAGGAUAUGGCAUCGAUCCUGAUAAUGUGAUCUUGAGAAAAGACUAUGAAGAAACCCAAGGUCAUGCUCCUCCCUAUCUUAUUUAUCUUGAUCAUGCUAAUGCUGAUAUAGUGCUGGCUAUAAGGGGGCUUAACUUGGCAAAGGAAAGUGAUUAUGCAGUUUUGCUUGAUAACAAACUUGGGCAGACAAAGUUUGAUGGUGGUUAUGUGCAUAAUGGGUUAUUAAAGGCAGCAAAAUGGGUCUUUGAUGAAGAGUGUGAGUUUUUGAAGGAGUUACUUGAUAGGUAUCCAAGUUAUACUUUGACCUUUGCUGGGCAUUCUCUAGGAGCAGGUGUGGUAGCAUUGUUGGUGAUGAUUGCAGUUCAGAAUCGUGGCAAACUUGGUAACAUUGAGAGGAAGCAGAUUAGAUGCUAUGCUAUUGCUCCUGCUAGAUGCAUGUCACUAAAUUUGGCUGUAAGAUAUGCAAAUAUCAUCAAUUCUAUAGUGCUUCAGGAUGAUUUUUUACCUCGAACAACCACUGCACUAGAAGAUGUUUUCACAUCACUGUUCUGCUUGCCAUGUUUGCUUUGCCUAAUGUGCUUGAAGGAUACAUGUACUUUGGAGGAAAAGAUCCUUAAAGAUCCUAGACGAUUGUAUGCACCUGGUCGUCUGUACCACAUUGUUGAGAGGAAACCCUUCAGGAUAGGAAGAUUUCCCCCGGUUGUGAGAACAGCAGUACCUGUUGAUGGAAGGUUUGAGCACUUAGUUCUUUCCUGUAAUGCAACUUCUGACCAUACUAUUAUUUGGAUUGAGAGAGAAUCCCAAAAGGCUCUUGAUGUAAGUUUUCAGCUUCUCACUAGCUCCUGUGGGGUCAUUGUAGUUAGUAAAUAUCUCUUACAUAUUAGAUUUUAGAGUAGAAUAGUUGGAAGCUGAAAUCCAAAGAGAAUUCCAAUAGCAAAAUCUGAAAUGGUACCUCCUUUUUUUUGGUUGGCAUUUGAAAUGUUACCUGUCUUGAGUUCAGAUUAUGCUUGAGAAAGAUCGGAUCAUGCAGAUUCCAACAACGCAAAAAAUGGAGCGGCAAGAGACUCUUGCUCUAGAACACAGCGAAGAGUAUAAGGCAGCUCUGCAGAGGGCAGUUGCUUUGAAUAUCCCUCAGGCUUCCUUACCACCUUCAUAUGGAACAUUCCAUGAGAUGGAAGAAGGGGAGACUUCUUCCCAAUCCACUGGGGAGGUUUCUACUCCUUUCUUUAAGAAAUGGAAGGAAAGUUGGGAUAGUUUUGUAGAACGUCUUUUUGAGGUAGACGAGUCUGGUCAAAUGGUAUUCAAGAGGUCAAGCUCCAAGAAAAGCUCUACCUCCUCAACUCUUCCCCAUUGAAGGGAGAGAGAAGCUGUAAUAGACUGCAAUAUUUGAUAGGUUCCUUGUUUUGCAAUCCAAAGUCCAAACUAUACCGUAUUGCAAAAUCAAAACCCUUAGAUAAAAGAGCAGGAUCCACCAUCAAGGGCUCCCAAUCAAAGGACAACUAUUUUGCACUUUUAUAUUGCAAAACAGUUUUUCGAUAUUUGAUUCUUCUGUUUCAAUUGUAGAGGGUUCUUUAUGUUCAUUUUGACGGUCAUGAUCUUGAGAUGGCACAAGUCCAUAAUAACAAAGUUCUCAAUUUCAA